GUCCAAGGCGCACAGUUUAAUGUAUCGUCUUGCUAGUAUGAGUUUGUGUGUCCCUGCAUACAGGUGUACUUUGAUCCUACUGUUACUAAAUUCGAUAUAUGGUCAUGAGCUGGAAUUUAUUGAUGAACCAAGUGAUGCUUAUGGGUUGGAGAACCAACAGAUUACACUCAGUUGCUCUGCUGUAGGUCCCCCAAAUAUUACGAUAACAUGGCACAAACUGGACAACAUUUCUUCCUCACCUGGUUCCAUAAAAGUGAUCGGAAAUGCUGUAUACUCCUCAAUCAGUUUCCAGCUGACUGGCGAUAAUGAGGGUGAAUACUUUUGCAAUGCAUCUAACACCUUGCACUGGAUACAAUCUAAGAAAGUGAGUGUAAAGAUCGCAUUCCUCAACGAAAAGUUCAACUUGGAACCUCAAAGCAAGGUAGCAAAUGUCGGGGAUACAGUCCUUCUUGAAUGUGCUCCACCUUUUGGACUUCCUAGUCCUAUUAUUGAAUGGUUUAAGGAUAAUUCAUCCUUGUUACCCAACAAUCGACUACAGAUUAUGGAUGAUGGAAGUUUACGGAUUGAUAGAAUAACAUGGCAAGAUUCUGGUUACUAUACGUGUUCUGCCAAGUCUUUUGCUUAUCGUCGAGAAAGCGUUAGAGCGCGUCUUACUGUUCGACAACGUCCUUAUUUUAUUAUGUCUCCCAAGAGUCAGUCAGUACCAGUACAUAGCGUUUUUGAAAUGAGCUGUCGUGCUGCUGGUGAACCUCCACCUGUUGUGGUUUGGCGUAGGGAGCCUUCUUCGCCCGGAAUUCCAUACUCACGUGUUCGGCUGCUUUUGGGCGGAACACUUCGUUUCGUAAGUGUCCAAACAAAUGACUCCGGGUAUUAUGUUUGCCGUGCAGUUAGUUCAGCUGGCAUUGUUGAAGCAGUGGCCUACGUAGAUGUUGUUUCACCUCCCGGCUUGAUAGUUACACCUCCGAGUAGACUUAGCACGUAUGAAGGCAAUCGUAUUGAGUUAUUUUGUAGUGCAGUAGGUUCCCCAUCUCCCGAUGUUCGUUGGUUGCAAUGGUCAACUAAAAAAUAUUUUUUCCCAUCCGCGUCUGAAUUGGGGCGUAUUCAUGUCACAAAUUCCGGUAACCUUAUUAUACUUGCAGCUAGACCAGAAGAUACUUCUACUUAUGAAUGUCGUGCUUCAUCUCCUGUUGGUUUAACGCGGACGUUGACCGAUAUUCAGGUGCAGUUCAAUCCAAAGCUCAUUCCUGGUCGCAUUGGUGCUGUUUCGAAUUCUCAUAUUUUCGGUGGCUUAUUUGUCAGUCCGAAAGCAGUAAGGAUCGUUUGCGGAGUGCCGUCGGAUCCUAUUUUUAAUUCUGUAUAUGGAUCCAAGUCUCUUGCUAGAGAAAAAGAAAUAAGUAUGAAAUCACACAUCAUGUGGCUUUAUAACGGUGAAUCAAUUUCAAAAUUAAGUUCGUCAAACUCUCGGGUUUCUGUUGAAACCGAUGGCUCCUUACUUCUUUAUCCUUUCCAACCGGAAGAUGUUGGGAACUAUACUUGCUCGGUGUACCGGAAAGUAAGUCACAGGUUUGCACAGUACGCAUUUAUUGUGAGCUUAAACGACUAUAAUAAUUCCGUUUAUCAUCCUCAUACACUAGCAGAUUUACCGUCGCCUCCAGUGGAUGCAAGAAUCAUGGGUAUCGGUGACACGUGGUUAAUCUUAAAGUGGUCAGACAGCAAUCCAUCAGAAUCAUCAAGCUAUAGAGUAUUUGUUUUGCCGCAAAUUUAUUCAUCGUCAUCAGCUCAUUCAGCACAACAUCCUGAGGGCUUAGAUCACACCAAGGUUACUGAAGAUCGUAUAAAGUCAGGCAGGAGUCAGAAGUCUAGUGAGUUGUCUUUUAGACUGGAUAAAUGGUUGACUGCAGUUGAAAAAACCUACCUUACACAAGUCCGCAUCACGGGAUUAGUACCUGAUACUGGUUACUGGAUUGAAGUCAGAAAAGUUAAUAAUUGGGGGAUGAGUUCUGGAGUUUUGGUACCUAAUAUAGUUUAUACUAUGAAAAAACCAUCUGACGUUAGGUAUCCAUAUGCAUCAAAAGUUAAUGGGACCCUUUCUGAUUUAUCUUUGAAACACCCUGGCGCAAUGUUUCCUGGUGGUCAGACAGCAGUUGAUUUCCAAGAACUUGUGUCGACAUUUCAAUCUAUCGAUUUACAUCGCAUAUCCAUACGAACCCUUACGUCAUCUGAGCUUCUAGUGAGUUGGGCUGCUCGGUCUUCCAAUGAAGUUCUUAAACGUAUUGACGGGUUCAGGAUAAAUGUUCGAUCUGUUCCGAUGUCACGUUGUAUAGCUGCUGUUACAUCCAAACCACCAAGUUUUCUAUCUUCUGCUCAUGGAAAUAGUGAACAGCAUGGGUCCGUAGAUAUUUAUGAUAAUGAAUAUAGUGAUUUUUCAUUCGCCAGCUCAAUUCAUUGUAGUUUUACAUCUUCGAAACUUCUUGAGCAAACUGUUUUGAUGGCCAAUACUAAUUCGCUGCAUUUGAAUAACAAGGAUAUGGGGGUGGGAGAACAAGAAUCACAAAGCAUUAUUGUCAUGCAAAGUGUAUCUCGAGAUUACCCUGAUGCUAAAGCAGUUGUAGGGGGUUUGUUACCCUUCAGCUGUUACGAAACGGACAUUGAAGCCUUCAAAGAUGAUCCAACUUAUGGUCGAAUUUUGAGUAGAUCAAGUCGUUCCGAGUUAGCUUUGACUCUUGACGCUCCACCUAGCUUUUCACCAGAACUAAUAAGUGUUGAAUGGCUCUUCCAAAUUAACCCUUCGAAUGAUGAAUACUCAAGGAGCCAAGAAGCCAACUAUUCUACUUCUCCUCCAGAUGGAAUCCGUUUGUCAUGGAAGCCUCUUGUACUGACAGUGGCACACGGUGCAAUUUUGGGAUACACAGUGCAUAUUUUAGCGAACGAAAGUCAAUUCAGUCGCUCACUGCAUGUUUCUGCAGAUGUUCACUCAAAAGAUAUUCAAGGCUUGAAUCCAUUUGUUGAUUACGUUAUUUACAUAUCUGGAGUGAACUGCAGAGGAGAGGGAGUCCGCGGACCAGGGUAUCAUCUCCGGUCGGUUACCGCUGGGUUAAAAGGUCCUGCCAAGUCUUCUGGUUACGAAGUAAAUAUUUUCGAACACUUCACGUUUCCUUCAUGGGCUUAUGUUUUACUUUGUGGUUUCAUUAUCUUUUGGAUUAUAUUUGGUUUGCUGAUUCACUUUGUCGUUCGCCAAACGUCGAAAAAACAGUGUUUCAAAUCUUCAACUCAUUAUUUUACUUCUGGUUCCAACAUGAACCUUCAAAAUCGGAAAUCUGCCCAGAGCAUUGGAAUACGUGAAUUUAGUUUUGGGAUUUGUUGCACAUCUAUGGCUUUUCGGAAAAGUAAAUCAGGUCUUCAUUCCGAUGCAGAUAAAACCAUGGGUGUCAUUCUGUUAAACAACGGACAACAAGAAAUAGGAACAGGUCAUUUACUUAAUCGUUUGGGUUCGUCUCAGUCUAAAUUGUAUGGUGAUAAACCUGUAUCUGAUGGUAAGUCAGUAACUUUACGUACAACGUCUUGCAAAAAUGAAUUAUCUUCUACAGGAUGUACACAUAUCCCGUCGCAGUCGUUUGAAAUCAGUAAUCACAACUUGAUUGGUAAUGAAGAUAUUGAAAUAUAUGGUAAUAAUGAACCUUCUGUUUGCUCCAAAAAUGUGAUUCACUUGCCUUCAGUUGUGACGAAAUUAACACCGGUAUCUAGUGGCACUACAACUGUUCCAAGCCAGCAUGAUUUAGUUGAGGAAAAUUUGCGCAAUGACAUUCAUUCUGUUAGUAGGCCGAAACUACCGGACUCCAUAAAUAUACCUUUCCCUGUUCCUCCAGUUCGUCAGUCCAACUUAUACAGCAGUACACAAAAUUUUCAGUACAGGAGCAGUUUAUUAGAAUUACCGAACUCUCCAGAUUUAUUUAUGCCAUCCAAUAUUUAUGCGGCGAACCAAUUAGAUGAACCUGAAAGUCCAAGAAAUUUCACAUCUGAAGAUACUGUGCCAGCUUACGCGAGUUGUUCGGUAUUCAGUGUCUGCAAAACAGAGCCGAAUGAUCAUACUGGGACAUCAGGAGUUAUGCUUGUGCAUAACAAUAAUAAUUUGUGCUUGCAACCAAAGGAAGAUAAUGACCUUGGCGAUCACCUAAAGUCAGUAGAACCUUCUGGGCUUAUUAAUAACAAUCAUUCAUCGGUAUCUAAUUGUAAUUGGCAAUUUAUUCCACAUAGUCCAAUAAUUCGUGAAGAAAAAACACAAAACAUAAUUCCUCCACCUCCUGAAUAUCCGCCUCCACCUUUACCAUCAAGUUCAUCGAAAUUAUCUGGUCUUCCGAAUUUAUGGAUUCCAAAUUCUGGGAUGGGAGAACUUUUUCAAAGACCUGAAUUAAGAGAUCAUCACUUACGUUUUGUUUCAGAUGAUAGUAGUCUACCAAGUGGUGGAACUUAUCUGUCAAACUGUUACUCGCCUACAUCAGGGGCUUAUGCUGAAACUCAUCAAGUUUCGUGUGCAAUUCCAAACCAAAAUAUUCGCUUUCAUGGGAUCGGUUCUUGUAUCGUUAAUAAUCAGGCAAAUAGUUUCUAUGAAUUAUCUCCAUCGAACCAGAUCAAACCAUAUCUAUCUCCAAAUGGUCAGAAAUCUGAACAUCUUCGUGAGUCUACAUGCUUUUUGAGUGGGGUACAUCGUCUUAGUCCAUUGGGCCGUGCUUAUCCAAACACGUCAGUCAUCAUCAAUCCAGGACAGUUUGAAUCACAUAUGCGUGUCAAAAAUUGUCAGUCACUUACUGAUGGUAGUGGGAAUGCUGGAAGUAGCAGUAGCGUAUUAUCAGGUACAAGCGGUUUGGGGAGUACCGCCAUUGGAAGUGGAAGUGCUAAAUGUCCAGGAUAUCGGCAUCCUAGUGAAUCACAACAUGGAGUUAAUGGACUUACUUCCGGUAGCGAUUCAUCGAACUGUUCAAACCUGCAAAGAAGCAUGAUGCAUCGAAAUAAUAUUACAUCGUCGCCAUUUUCUUCUCCAUCAGAACAGCAAAUCGUUCACUCCAAUUCAAAGCCUUUAUUGUUGUCAUGCAAUGCAUCGUCGUCCUCUUCAUCGACUUCAAAGCAUGAAAUUACUAAAGAAGUGGGGCAUUUUUCUCGUCAUCCAAAUAAUACUGAUAAUAAUACUUCACUAUCAAAAUCCUUUCAGUAUGCCAUACCAGAAAAUAUUUUGUCUAACAACUGUAUGCAGUUAUCUUCGUCAUUUAAAUAUAAUGAACUUCCACAACGAAAUCAGCAACAAUCGAAGAAUUCACUUGUUGUUUGUAAUCCAGUUAUCUCGGGUCUUACAAGUUCUCAUGAACUCCCUGGGUUCUCAUCACAACAACCUUUACCUAACACAACAGCAUUAAAUCAUACUCAUCAUUUUUCAGAGUCUAUUAUUGAUGGUGAUUAUGACAAUAAGAUUCAUAAAUCUUCACCAUCAUCAACCACAAUGCUGGUAUCGAGUCGUAGUUCAGAUAAGCCAGCUACUGGUAAUGGUAGACAAAGUAGAACUAUUCGAACUUGAUCAUUUAUAUUGAAUGGAAUGUCUUGCAGAUGUUUAAUUCACACACUUUCUUUCUCCUAUUAGUCUGUUAGUUAAUUUACUACCUUAUGUAUAUAUACAUCGAUUUUCACUGGUUUUUCACUAUGAUAAGUUGCAUUGUUUUCACUGACUUGUACUUCAUUUAAUUUCAGCUCGCAUUAUUUAUUACACACGUAUUUAUCACGUACGUACAAACGAG